GUUGUUUUAACCGUUAAAAAGGCCCACAUAGUAACAGAAGACUCAGUACAGUGGCCCCCACAUGCUCUGCUAUGCUAUCUUCUAACACUCAACGGCUAGUUUCUCUCCUCUUCAUCACCUUAAAUACAACACUCCUCUCACUACUACAUACCCCUACUUCGUGCUUCUGAGAGUAAGAAAGGUAAAAUCUUCAAUACAUUCUCUUCAGUUCUCAAAUAGGAAAAGACCAUGGCUAGUUCCUCAAGAGCCGUCUCUGCAUCCCUUUUGUUCUUUUUCCUUCUCCUUGGAUUCUCAGCAGCUAAGGAACUAUUAGUUGGAGGCAAGAUUGAUGCUUGGAAGAUUCCAUCUUCAGAAGUAGAUUCUCUCAAUCAAUGGGCUGAAAAGUCUCGUUUCAGAGUUGGCGACUAUUUGGUGUGGAAAUUCGAAAGUGGGAAGGACUCAGUGUUGGAAGUAACAAGGGAGGAAUAUGGUAAUUGCAGCACCUCCAACCCAAUCAAAGAGUACAGUGAUGGGAAUACUAAGGUGAUGCUAGAACGUCCUGGGCCAUUCUACUUCAUCAGUGGAGCAAAGGGGCACUGUGAGAAGGGCCAAAAGUUGGUUGUGGUUGUUAUUUCUCCAAAGCACACAUUCCGUGCAAUUUCUCCGGCACCUUCUCCGGCGGAGUUUGAGGCUCCAGCUGUUGCUCCUACUAGUACUGCUACAAACUUGCAAGUUGCUCUUCUAACCUCAACUCUCGGAGUGUUUGCCAUGACUUUGGUGGUCACGUUCUUUUAAUUUCUGGAAUAUAAUUCUUUUGUACCGAAUAUAUCAUAUAUCAUUCUUUUAUUACAUUCAUAUUUCUUUUUCU